UUUUGACGUAUUGAUUUUUUUGUGUCUGCCAGCUCAAGAAAAUCUCCGUUCUAUUUGGAAAUAAUGAGCUAAUUUGGGACUAGAAGUGAAUAAAAAAGCAAAAGCCAGCACGGAGAGUCAGAAAUUCCGGAAAACUCUUGGAGAUUUGCAGUGAAAAGUGGUGAAAAAGUGUGUUGGGGAAAGAUGCCGAGUACUCUUCUCUUUGCCAACAACAAUGAGGGGCGAGUCUACGCCCUAUCGACGGGAAGUUCAGCCUGGCGGGAAUUCCUCUACUUGGGGCUGGAGUUCAAGAAGGUCAGCGCUGUGCCCCACUUUAUGUGGUCCAUUGGGGGUGAUCGGCAGGUCUACGUGCACGUCCAUGGGCUUGAUAUUCCAAUUCGUGUCAAGGAGGAGGCGUACGAGAAUGAACGAUGGCUCCCCCUUGAGGGCUUCAGUAGUCGCCUCCUGCCCACGGAUCGAUACAAUUUCUCCAGUAUCGAUGGGACCACGAAUCGGGCUAUUGAUCGCAUCCGUUUGCCAUCGAUGGCAUGGCAGUGGGAGGGUGAUUGGCACUUGGAUUGCACGCACGAUGGUCAGCCACUGGAUCACGAUGCAUGGACGUAUGCAAUUGACUUCCCGGCAAAGUUUCAGGUGAAGAAGGCGUGGAACUCGUGCGUGAGGCGCCGGAAAUGGGUGCGCUUUCGUCGCUACAGCGCCAUGAAUUCCUGGUGUGCUGUUGCUCCUUUGCACAAAGACCCCACGCAGGAGCCAUUCAUUGAUGUGGCAAUUGGGGGGAAUAAUGUACCCGGAGCUGCUCCAGGGAUGCUCCUUGUAUGGGCCAUCACAGCUCAUGGGCGGGUAAUGAUCCGUUCAGGGGUGAGUACAACAUCCCCUGAAGGUCUCCGCUGGACAGCAAUCUCCACCCCAUCGGGUGCUGAAGUGUCGCAGAUUAGUGUUGGCCCCACGGGAUUGGUUUGGGCCAGUCUGUACUGUGGCCGAGCUAUUGUACGAUCCGGUGUGACGAAGGAUUCCCCAACAGGGGAAAGUUGGCUAGAAAUUAAACCUCCGGGGAAUGCCCUGAAGAUUGUCCAAGUGUCCGUGGGCACAAAUGCCGUGUGGUGUGUAACGAAUGACAAUCACGUGUGGUUCCGACGGGGUGUGAAGGGUGAAACAGCGGGAAUAAGUGAAGAUUCAGCCAUUGGAAGUGGUUGGGUGGAGAUGGUGGGAAAUAUUUCCAGUGUCUCCGUUGCGGCGAAUGAUCAAGUCUUUGCGGUGGGCUCUGAGGAUCGUGCUCUGUACUUCCGUUCGGGAGUUUCCGCGAGUGAUCUCACGGGGAAGAAAUGGCGCCUCAUUCAGUGCCCAAUGCAGCUGAGUCGUACAUCCAGCAUGGCAUCCCUUGCAUCACGACGUAGUGGCUCAGGAUCACCCGGAUCGAGGCACAGGAGCUUGAGCAGCUUACUCCGGGGUCAACAUCAGGCAGGAAGUAUGGUACUGAGUGAGGAGAAUGAAGAAACAUCCCGAUCAGCACCAACUGUCAAUGCGAGGCAUAAACCUGAACUGUGGCAGAAGCCAGCAGCAGAUUCACCACCAAGUGCAUCAGGAAGUCUCACAGCGAGCAGCUUAAAUGCAUGUAGUUUAGCUGCUGGGGAUUCCCGGAAACACGAUGAGGAGGCUCUGUGUGAGAAGCUACAAAAUGUAGCUGCAAGUGCACCCGUUCAGGAGAUUUUUGAAAUAUCCGGAAAGCAUUUUGAGACUCCGCUGCGGAAUCCACGUGCCUGGAGUCCAGUACGCAGUGUGGGAUCAAUGGUGGGCACUGAGGCACAUCCGGAGAGUGAUUCAGUGGUAUUUGAUGCGGAAACAUCACGGGAUUCGGGUGUUUUUGGGGAGGAAGACGAUCACGGUGGGUCGCAGUACUGGGCGGAAUGUGAUGUAAUCUGGACGGGAUGUAGUGCUGGGGCUGUACUGGUGGAUCCGCAGCAGUUGCCAAAUUGGUUCAAUGACACCCUCUCGGCGGGUACGCAAGCAGAACUGAGUCAGCCGUGGCGUUUGCGGAUUCUCGAAGAUCUCAAAGGGCGCCUCUCGGAUGCUGACCCAGCGGAGCUGGAAAAGUACCAAUUGGCCAUUGAGAUGUCCUCGUGGGUGAAGAGUGGGGAAGCACGUGUGGCCAAAUCGCAUGGCACCUUCGAGGAUUGCUUGAUUGAGCUGGAAUGGGUGAAUGCAUCGGGAAGUAGUGGCCUCGAUUCGGGCACACUGACAAUCCUCAAUCCUGAUGGUGUCACCACAAAGAUGCAAUUCCCCCUGUCUGAGAUAACGUGCGUCAUGUGUCAGAGUGAACCUGGAUGCCCACGCUUGACAAUCCACACCCCGCGACUCCCUCUCGGCUCCUCCCUGAUUCGUCUCCAAUUUUCCGGAGACACCGACAUGGAGGACUGGCUGUCGCACCUCACGUCCGUCUGCUGCCAAAUUAAUGAAGUUCACGGACGCCCAUCGAAUGAUUCAGUGUGGAUCACAACAAAUCUCGGGGAUGUCUUUGUCUUUGAUCCAUCGACGCUCAAGGCGCAGCAGUACAAGGAGGAUAAGCGGAUGUACGUCCAGGAGAUUGAUCUUUCAGCCACAGAGACACCCUAUCACGUACCUCUUCCCAAUGGCCUAACACCAGGAACAGAGCUAGAAAUAUCCGGAUGUGUGUACGAUGAUGCUGAUCACAUCCGUUUUGAUUUGCAAUGCCAUCCAACGGUUAAGGUAAGGCACAAAGUUGAAUCACAGCGGCAUGUGCUGAUGCACCUCAAUCCGCGCUUCAACGAGAAGGAGAUUAUUCUCAAUUCAAUGGAGAAUUCGCAGUGGAUGACAGAGAUAAGGGAUAGCCGGAUGGUGUUUAGUCAAGGGGGGGAAUUCAAGUUGAACAUUCGCUGCGAGAAGAUGGGCUACCGCAUUGCUGUGGAUGAUCGGGAUUUCCUGCUUUUCAAGCAUCGUGCUCCACCUGAGGCGGUUAGCUCGUUGUUCGUGAGUGGACGCAUUAAGCUCUUUGGCGUGGUGUACCACAGCAUGAGCACCAUUGUGCCCCUCCGGGAUAUUUUCUGGCGCCAAAUGGGUGGGCAUUUGCGGCGGGUUGAGUCAUGCGGGGGUGGCGUGACGUGGGGUAUUGGGUAUGAUGGUACUGCGUGGGUGUACACUGGUGGCUGGGGAGGAGCCUUCCUGAAGGGUCUGGAGACAAGCACGACGGGGAUUAAUGGCAUGUCCGACACGCACAAGUACUACAUUUAUGAGAAUCAACGGUGGAACCCCCUGUCGGGGUACACGUCAACGGGACUGCCGACGGAUAGGCAUAUGUGGAGUGAUGCCACGGGGAAGCACAAACGCAGCAAGGAGCACACAAAACUCCUCUCAAUGCACUGGCAGUGGAUCUCAGAUUGGCUUGUGGAUUUCUCCACACCCGGUGGCGUAGAUCGCGAGGGUUGGCAGUAUGCCGUUGACUUCCCAGCAUCGUAUCAUGGAAAGAAGCAAUUCACUGACUACGUCCGUCGUCGUCGAUGGUACCGGAAAUGUCGUCUCACCGCAUCGGGGCCAUGGCAUGAGGUGGGCAAUGCGAAGAUCAUUGAUGUUGCCCUGCAGCCAAUGAUAAGUAGCAAUGGGGAUGAUGCAAAUGCGUCAAUUGAUGCGAUUAUUUGUGUUUGGGCUGUAGCACCAAAUGGGGAUGCUCUCUAUCGGCAUGGGGUGUCUCAAUCGAAUCCCGCUGGGUCAUCGUGGGAGCAUGUGGCGAGUGAACAGCCCCUUGUGUCCAUUACGUGCACGCCAGAGGGGAAAGUAUGGGCCAUCGGGCGCAAUGGGUCGGCUUUCUAUCGGUAUGGUGUGACACGGGAGAAACUUCUGGGGGAAUCGUGGCAAGUUGUGGAGCCCCCACAGGGUGGGUGUUUGAAGCAAAUCCGUGCUGGGGAUGCAGGAGUGUGGGUAUUGGACGCCACGGGGCGUCUUGCGGUGAGACGGGAGAUCACUGUCACCUUCCCCGAAGGUUCCCACUGGCAGGUACUCAACAAUGUACCCAAUGAUCCGCCACACAGCGAAGGGGCCAAUGUGGGCUUCCGCAGUGUCUCAGUAGGUGCUCAAGUGUGGGCUGUUUCCAAUACAGGAUUCGUCUGUAGGCGGUGUGGUGUAACCCCGGAGAAUCCUGCUGGAACUGGAUGGAAUCUAGGGAUUCUUGUGAGUAUUUUAUUUCUGUUCUUUCUCCGAAAGUUUCAUGUUUUCAUUCCACAGGAGCAACUUGAUGUUUUUUUUUUUUUAGAUUUUUUGAAUAUAUUUUUCUUCCCGGAACAGUUGGAUGAGCUUCCCGGAAAGUGCUAUAAGUGAGUGGAAGUUAAACAGGCAACCUGUCCAUUGAAUCAGGGAGUUUCUAAGGGAUCUUAGGAACUACCUUUUCAACUCCCGGCUGAUCCUUGAUGUCAUCUUUGGGUCAAAAUCUGAGGAACUUCCUAAAUGGACAGAUUUUGACCCAAAGAUGACAUCAAGGAUCAGCCGGGAGUUGAAAAGGUAGUUCCUAAGAUCCCUUAGAAGCUUUCUGGUGCAAUGGGCAGUCAUCCUGCUGAACUUCCACUCACUUAUUGCACUUUCCGGGAAGCUCAUCCAACUGUUCCGGGAAGAAAAAUGUAUUCAAAAAGUGAAAAAUACUUAAAGUUGCUUUACACAGGACGGGAUGAUUGAACUGAGAUGCAUUGAAGCUUUAAGAAAAGCUUAAAAUUUAAAUUAAAUUCUUUUCUUUUAGGGCAACUUUCAGCACAUUUCCGUUAAUGGAUUUUCCUGAAAAUUUUAACAGAUUUUACUGCAAAGACAAAAUUAUAUCCCCUCUCCCUUUUUAAUGUAUUUUAUGCUUAAUUUAUAUUCUCAUAAAUGUUACGCAAAAUAUACCAAAAAAAAUUGUCAUAAAAAUUAACCCAGAAGGAAGAAUUUUUCCUUGAAAAUAAAAAAGCAUCAAAUAGUCAAGAAAAAAUAAUUUAUUCAAUAAAAAAAAUGUCUGUGCUGUGAUUGAAAA